UUAUCCAUGUAAAUGCUGCAACAGCUGUUCGACGUAAACAAACCGGGAAGAGGAAUUUUCUUUUGAGUUUUUCUCUUAGGAAAUGCUGAAAAUACACCCGCGCACAUUGUUGAGGCAGUGCCUCUGGCUGACACAACGCUAUGCCCACAGCCAGGUGCGCGUUCGCUUUGCCCCCAGCCCCACGGGGCAGCUGCAUUUGGGCGGCCUGCGCACGGCUCUAUACAAUUUCCUUUAUGCUCGCCAUUUGGGCGGAAAAUUCCUGCUCAGGAUCGAGGACACGGAUCAAACGAGACUGGUGCCUGGAGCCAGUGAGCGCCUGGUGGAGGAUCUGCUCUGGGCGGGCAUAGAAAUCGACGAGGGACCCGGCUUUGGAGGCCACCAUGGACCCUAUGUUCAAAGCCAAAGAACUGAGAUUUACAGUAAGGCCAUCAAGGAGCUGCUGCAGCAUGGCACCGCCUAUCGCUGCUUCUGCACGGAACGCCGUCUGGAGCUGUUGCGUAAGGAGGCGCUGCGCACUCGUCAGGUGCCGCGCUACGACAACAAAUGCCGCCACCUGUCUGCAGCGGAGGUGGAGAGCCUCCUGGCCCAGGGCGCACCCCACUGCAUACGCUUCAAGCUGACGGAGCACGAGGAGCCCCUCGAGGAUCUCGUCUACGGCAGUGUCCAGCACAAUGUCAGCGACAACGAGGGCGAUCCGGUGGUCAUCAAAAGCGACCACUUUCCCACCUAUCACUUUGCCAAUGUGGUGGACGACCACCUGAUGGGCAUCACCCACGUUUUGCGAGGAGUCGAGUGGCAGAUUUCCACCACAAAGCAUUUGCUGCUCUACAAAGCUUUUGGCUGGCAGCCGCCAAAGUUUGGUCACCUGCCGCUCCUGGUCAAUGCCGAUGGGACGAAGCUGAGCAAACGCCAGGGCGACAUUGGCAUACAGCAUUUCCGGGAGCGCGGCUACUUCCCCCUCUCUCUGGUCAACUAUGUGGUCUCUGCGGGCGGAGGCUUCCAGCACACAGCCCAUGCGAAGCAGCAGCUCCUCAGCCUGCGGGAACUCUGCCAGCAGUUCGAAAUGGAGCGCGUGAAUGCCCAUCCGAGUCGCUUGAGCCCCGAACUUCUGGAUGAUCUGAAUCGCUUGGAGAUUGGCCAACGUCUGGGAGAGCCGGAAACCCGCUUGGAGCUGGUCAAGCGAGUGCAGGGGCUGAUCAAGCAGGCCUACCCAGAACACCCAAACUUGGAUCUGGCGCAGGCCCACAUUGUGGAUGUCUUGAACUGGUCCUCGCAGCGUUUGACACUGCUCCAGGAUCUGACCAGCAGCAAGCUGAGCUUCCUCUGGGUGAAACCAUCCAACUUUGAGCUGAAAGAUCUGACGGCUGAGCAGCUAAGCAGCCUGCUAGCAGACCUGCACUCUCUGGACAGCUUCCACAAGGAUGAGCUGAAUGUAAAACUGAAAAAGUUUGCCCAAACGGAGCGCCUCAAGUUCCCCCUGAUGAUGAAGACGCUGCGAGCAGCACUCAGUGGCCUCAAGGAGGGUCCUGGCGUGGCCGAAAUGAUGGAGAUUCUGGGCAAGCCAGUGGCCCUCGAACGCUUGCAAGAGGCACUGCCCAAAACGGAAUUAAAUCGAAGGCAAACCGUUUGACGACGCUACAGUUAUGUUAUAGAUAUAUAUUUGUAUGUCGAUUAUCCGCAUAGCUGUAUGUAUGUAUAUUUCUAUGGAUAACUCUGCAAGUUGGAGAAUAAGUUGAAUGAGUAAACAGCACACUAAGAGUCAAAA